UUAAAUCACACAUGCGAUAGAACACUGAGAGGAAGCUGCCACAGACAGUCAAAGGAAGACAGCUCUGUGAGAGGAAGAGAGCUGAAAUAGGAUCUAUUUUUCUCUGUGGUUUUCACGUUGAAUAUCGAGUAGCAGCAUGUUGACGUGGUUAGUCUAACCACCCUGCCACAAGACAACAGCUGCACUGCAGAGGCUCUCUGUGAUCUCUCAGGAUGGGCGCCUUCACUGAUUAUCUAUCUUAUGAUGACUACAAUUAUACUGGCUACGUUUCUGACGAUGGGUUAUUCAAUUUUAGUGUCCCAGGGGACUGCAUUGUCUCACACCUGCGUGGCUCCCACAUCUUCCUGCCCAUACUGUACUACCUCAUAUUUUUCAUAGGCAUUUUGGGGAACCUCUUUGUGAUCAUAGUGGUGGGCAGCAAAGGUAGGAAAGGUGGGCGUCUGGUGGACACAUUUGUUGUCAACCUGGCCAUGGCUGACCUCGUCUUCGUCCUCACGCUGCCUCUGUGGGCCAUCUCUACCAGCCAGGGUGGUGUCUGGGACUUUGGUUACGGCGGGGACCUACUGUGUAAACUGAGCAGCUACAUCAUAGCUGUGAACCGCUUCUCCAACAUCUUUUUUCUCACCUGCAUGAGUGUCGAUCGCUACCUGGCUGUGGUGAAGCUGAUGGACUCGAGGUACCUGAGGAGCAGUAGGUGCAUCCGUGUCACCUGUGUUGGAGUGUGGAUGAGCUCCCUGUUGCUUGGCAUCCCAUCCCUGGUGUACCGCAGGGUGGGGCUGUCCAGUGUUGGACUCUCCUGCUUGGAAGACAACAACUCACCUUUCUUCCUCGGCCUCAGCCUCACCAUGGCGCUUCUCACCUUUGUCCUCCCAGUGUUAAUCAUCGUGCUCUGCUAUGGUACCAUCGUCGUGCAUCUCAACCAGCACUGUGCUGCAAACCCUCGGGCUGAGGCCCGCCGCAGACACUCUCUCAAAAUGGUCCUGUCCAUCAUAAUAGCCUUCGUGGUCUCCUGGCUCCCCUUCAACAUCUUCAAAGUCAUCAUCAUCGGCUCGCAGCUCUCAAACGCUGAGGUGAGUUGUGAUGCUCUGACGUGGCAAACAAACGGGCUCCAAAUUUCGUGCUGCCUGGCCUUCCUCAACAGCUGUGUGAAUCCAGCCAUUUACUUUUUCCUGGACAACCACUUCAGGAGACGAGCUGAGGGUCUGUACAAGACCUGCACAGGGAAGCCAAAGUUGCUGCAGAGCUACAACUCUUCAGCUUCAUUCACCAACGUUGGCACUUCAGAGAGCUUUGGAACAACUGGUGGGAGAACUCAGCUGCAGACGAUGGAGUAGGAGGCAUGACACUGUCCUUUAACUGUGAGGGGAGUAACGUUUUUGUUCUCUUAUUAAUAUGUGAAAGCUUGUCAUGUUGAUAAUGAGAGACUCUGAGUAUAUGUCUCUCUCUGGAUGUUUAUAUGAAGUAAAACCAGAUACAUGGCAAGAAAAAAAAUAUGAUUUUCUUUUGUCAUAUAUGUCCUUUAUUCUAAUUUUCUACAAAUAUUGAACAUGCUUUUUAUAGAUGUUUAUUUUGUACCAUAUAGUUCAGUAGUGUUGAUAUAUGAUUAUCUACUAUUACCUUUUCUUUGUAUGAAUUCCUUUAAUAUUUUUGUAGCAUUAGUAAAGAGCAAUUAUGUCAAUUAACAAGUAUAAAAAUAUAUAAUUUACAAAUGUGUAGCAUAACUCAUAAUUACCUUUUUUUUUGUUAAUGUUUUUGAUGUAUUGAA